AGUUGGCCUGAAGAUCUGGCGUUCCCUGUUUUCUCAUUGAGCCCUCCCCUUGGCCCGCGCGCCUUCUGCUCUCCUCCUGCGCGCUGCUGCCUGGGAGGGGAUCGGGUUAAGGCUGCAGGGGCUCAGCUCUGCUCACAUGGAUGGGACAGAGACCAGACAGUGGAGGCCAGAGGAGCUGGCUCUGCCACAUGCCUUCAGCCCUGGAAGACUCUCUGGAGCCUCAGAAGAUGGACCUCCGAGUGUGUCUGAGAGGCACAGGGUGGUCUCUAAACCACUGGGGUCUGAGUUCAGCAGGGAGACUGCCUUGUCCAUUGGCCUUCAGGUGAUGGUGCCCUUCAUGUUUGCAGGACUGGGACUGUCUGGGGCUGGUAUGCUUUUGAACUAUUUCCAGCAUUGGCCUGUGUUUGUGGAGGUUAAAGACCUAUUGACGUUGGUGCCACCCCUGGUGGGCCUGAAGGGGAACCUGGAAAUGACGCUGGCAUCACGACUCUCCACUGCUGCCAACACUGGACAAAUUGAUGACACCCAAGAACAGCACAGAGUUAUCAGCCGUAACCUCGCCCUCAUUCAGGUGCAGGCCACCACUGUGGGGUUCCUGGCUGCUGUGGCCGCCCUGCUGCUGGGUGCUAUGUCUAGGGAGGAGAUGGACUUUGUGAAGGUGGAGUUGCUGUGUGCCAGAAGUGUCAUCACAGCCUUUCUCACCGCAUCUGCCUUAGGAAUGCUGAUGGUCUGCAUAGUAAUUGGUGCUCGGAAGCUUGGGGUCAAUCCAGACAACAACAUUUCCAUGCCCAUUGCUGCCAGCCUGGGAGACCUCAUCACGUUGUCCAUCCUGGCCUUUGUUAGCAGCUUCUUCUAUAAACACAAAGAUAAUCGAUACCUGAUGCUACUGGUCUAUAUCAGCUUCAUGGCCCUGAUCCCCUUGUGGGUCCUCAUUGUCAAGCAGAACCCACCCAUCAUGAGGAUCCUGAAGUUAGGGUGGUUCCCAAUCAUUCUAGCGAUGGUCAUCAGCAUUUUUGGAGGGCUCAUCUUGAACAAAACCAUUUCUAAACAGCAAUUCCAAGGCAUGGCCAUAUUUACUCCCAUCAUAUGUGGUGUUGGUGGCAAUCUAGUGGCAAUUCAGACCAGCCAGAUCUCCACCUUCCUGCACGUGUGGAGCACACCUGGUGUCCUACCCCUCUGGAUGAAACAAUACUGGCCUAACCCAUGCUCCACUUUCUGCACCUCAGGAGCCAUGGAGUCAUCACUAACUCAGCUCGUACCCUUGCCUAGGCCGCAACUUCCCACUCUGUUCCUGUGCUCAGGGAGAGCUAUCAGGCUCUGCUCCACCAAAGGAAAGAAGGCCUUGAGUCCCGGCGUACUUGGUGCUUGGACUGCUCUGUUAUGGAGGCAACCGAGAUUCCCCGAUUUGGAGGUGAGCAUCCAAGACUUUCCUGACCUGAUGCAUGGGUCUCAGAGUCUGAUUUCCCAGAGGACAUCUACUCCCCCUGUCCCUGAACCUUUGGUGGUGCCAUGGAGCCAUCACUGACCUGGCAGAAAUGGGUGGGCUGCAAUCUCCCGUUCUGCUCCUGUACUCAGGGAGAACUAUGAGGCUCUGCUCUACCAAAGGAAAGAAGGACUUGAGUUCCUGGGUGCUUGGUGCUUGGCCUGCUCUGCUAAGGAGGGUGAAGGGGAUCCAGCUUUCCUCACUGAUCUGCAUGACUGAGUCAGCAUUAGAAGAGCCUUUGCCAGGAAUGAUGGAACCAAGUCUUUGUUGCAGAUUCCUGAGCAACAGCCCUCAGAACCCCAUAGCUACAGCUCAAACACUGCUGCCUCCUUCAACUGAUGGGAAACAUGGCAUGGAUAAACCAGAAACCCCUGGCUCCUAAAGAAAGAAGGCAGGCUUCUUGCUGACAGGGAUCCCAGGUGUAAUCCUCCACAGUUCUCCCUUAGCCUAAGCCCACAGGCCUUUCUUAUUCUGAAUACAACCUGAUUGAUAGGAGACUGUGUUGAAUACUUCAUUCUCUAGUGUCUCCAAAUCAUGUGUGAUGAUGAACUCUGGCAGCGUGUGACUCCAUUGCCACCCCUGAGCCCUUUUGAUGAAAGUUUGCAUGGAAAAUAUUCUGAGACAGUAUCUCAGAGUAAUAUCCUCUUCUUUCAGCAUGGUGGUGUUUUAGUGUUGGUGAUAGAAGUGUUGCAUUAGGCUAUUCUCAAUAUGGUUCCAUAAUGAUGUGGCCCUCUCCAAACCCAGGGCAUGUGCAGGUGCCAAGGGAGAAUGCCUUGUGGGUAGGCUAAGGCGGAGUGGGGGUAGAUCCUACCUUCUGUGGACAAGGGAAAGGCAAGGUCGUGGUCUCUUUCCUUGGUUUCCCCCAUGCCAAUUUGAAUGAACACCUUUGACUCCCCUUAUUGUCAUUCCUCUCCUAUUUCUGCUUUCCUAAUUUGGUCUCAGUUCACACACAGAGACCUUGUGUCUGUCCCCUAUACCAACCAAGGGGUCUGGAGUGGAGGUGAGUUUCCAAGCUGUCCUGAGACAAUGUGGGGCUCACAGGGUCUGAUACCCCAGAGGACACCAACCCCCGCUGUCCCUGAGCCCUUGGUGCUGGGCAGGCAACUGUAUCUUGGGAAUGGAUAGUCUCAUGUACCUGCCCCUAAUGGAUGGAGCUACCGUCAUUCGGAAGAACAAAGAGAUCCAUGACUGGAUCAGCACACAAAAAGUCUUUUGAAUAUACACUGAGCCAAACCCUCAUUCUCACCUCUUGAUC